AUUCUUAUGCAGUGCAGUUUGCGAGAGGAUCUGACUUCGGGGCCCACUCGAGAGGAAGGUGGAGGAAGUGGUGUCACCAUUUCUGAGCACGCUUGGCAACAACGUUUGCGUGAAGAGUUGAAUGCUGAUAUUCCCCAAAAUGAAAAUUACUUCGACACUGCAAUUGGGUUCAAUUUGUUAGUUAGAAGGCACAGGUAG